AUGGAUGAAUUGAGAAAACAAGUUCUAUCCAACUCGGGAGGUGAAGAGAGAGUUGAAGUUAAUCAAAGACAUUUGAUUGAUAAAAUUUUGGCAAGAUAUUCGGCAGAAUUUGUGGUUUUCAGAGAAUUAAUGCAAAAUGCAGACGAUGCAAAGGCAUCCUGCGUACAAAUAAUAUUUGAAACCUCAAAAGGCUAUAAUUUGAUGGAAUCAAACAUUUUUAAAGACAAAUGCUCUAGAAUACUAUUUAAAAACAAUGGAUUUGCAUUUCGACCUGAAGAUUGGAAUCGAUUAAAGAAAAUUGCAGAGGGAAAUCCUGAUGAACAAAAGAUCGGAGCUUUUGGCGUGGGAUUUUAUUCAUUGUUUUCAGUCUGUGAAGAACCAUUUGUUUCUUCCGGAGGUCAGGGAAUGGCCUUUUACUGGAAAGGCGAUCAAUUAUUUGCUAAACGUGCUGUGAUUAACCAAGAAGAUAUGACAUGGUCCACUUUUCUAAUGGAUAUGCGAGAAAAAUCGGAGGGAUUUACAGAAAAUCUUCGUGAAGUGAUCGUAUAUUUUAAUAAAAAAUGCAUAAUACACAUCAAAAAGAAAAUGGCCACACCACGACCUAUGAAUAUUCCCCCAGGUUUAAAUGCUAUUUCUCCUCAAAAAAUGUUUGUACUCAAGUCCGUUGAUGUUCGGCAAGUACAAUUAGAUGUCGAAAGAUUAAUAAUACAAAAAAAAGGUUUAUUUACAAUGUUGGCUACGAAUGACUUUCAGAAAGAAGAAACAUCUAUAUUUCUUCGAGUCGCUACUGGUCACUUGGAUGUACAAAUAACUAAAGCAUUUUCCAAUGAAAUGGAAAGAACAACCAAAAAGAAGCCUCCUAGUAAAACCACUAUUCAAAUGAUAUUUACUGGUUAUGACGAACAUAAUUCUUCUUCAGAUCGAAACGAAAAGAUUUCUGAAAUAUUUAAAAACCUACUUCCUUAUCCCGAACAAGGUCGCAUUUUUAUUGGAUUUCCAACACAUCAAACUACUGGUUGUAGUUCUCAUUUAGCAGCUCGUUUGAUUCCAACGGUCGAACGUGAAUCCGUUGAUUUAGUUGACAAAACUCUCGCAGUAUAUAACACCGAAAUGUUAUGCCUUGCUGGAAUUUUGUGUCGAAUUCUAUAUGAAGAUGAAAUGACCCAAAUUUCCAGACUUUAUAACGAGAUUGUUCAUACAUCAAUUGAUUCUGAAGAAGAUGAAGCAACCAAAACAAGCCGCGAAUAUUUUGAAAAGAAAGCAGCUCAUGCUCUUUCACAUUAUACAUUCAAAAAUAGUACACCAAAUAUCCUCGUAGGAAGAAUCGCUGAAUUACAAUUUCUUAAUUGUGCCACUCAACCCAUUUCUAUUCUAACAACUCGUGGAGUCAAACCGAUUAACUUAGCGCGGUUACUUAACCCAGAAAUGGAAGCAUUUAUCAAAAUGGUGCCAGUGGUUCCUAAAAUUUUGGUGGAACAAUGUGAUACCAUUAUUAAAAAGGCUAAAGAUGUUAUGAAAAUAUUAAAAGAAAUUACGUUAAAUGACCUCUAUGAAGAAUUGCAGAAUCGUACGUUGACUAAAGAAGAAACAAUGGCUUUGAUGAAGUGGUGGAUAUCUUAUUGCAUAAAAGAAAAACCCAAAUCUCUUUUGGAUGAAAUUAAUAAACUUUUGCAAUUGACUGUUUUGCAAAUUGAUCAAAAUAUAUUACAGAUGAGUAAUUUUAAAUAUUUCUUGAACCCAAGGGUGAUUCCUUGUGAGUAUGAUUUUCCGCCUGAUGUACUUCCGUACGUGAUAACUAAAAAUUUUAAAAAUGAUGAGCUCGAAAAGUAUUUUGGAGGAUGGAAAGAGUUGCCACUAGUCCAUUGGAUUAAAUUUAUAGCAGAACGAAACCAGUUCGAAACGAAUCCAGAUUUCGCAGAGAAAGUAUUAGGAGUUGUUUCUCGAAAUUUCAGUAAAUCUAAAAAAGAUCAAGAGUUAAUAAAAGAAAUACUCACGCAGAAACGAUGUAUUCCAACUAAACAUGGGAUGAUGAUACCAGAAGCCGCCUAUUUUCCAAAUGUAAAUCUUUUCCCUGAUUUGCCAACCGUUUCCUUUAAAACUAUUAAGCCAGUUGAUAAAGUAUUAUUAGAAUUUUUGGGUGUUCGAAAACAUGUUGAUUUACAACUUAUUUUCGAUCUAGUUAGUAAAGGGAAUUGGAAUCAUAUUCAACUUGCAAAAUAUCUUGCUAAAGAAUCAUGUAACUUUACUGAUAACGAAAUUAAAAGAUUGAAAAUUACAAAGAUCUGGCCAAAAGAAGACAAAACUCAAGUAAUUAACGGUAGUGAAGUUGGGAAUAAGAUUAAUAGAUAUACAGCAAGUGAAUUGUACGCACCAUUACCAGAAAUUAAAGAAUUUGGUUUGCCUAUUAUUAAUUGGAAUGAAAGAUGGUAUAAAGGUCAUGAUGAUGUUAAAUUUCUUUAUUCAUUGGGUCUACGAGAAUAUCCCCCACUCAAGACCAUUCUUCAACUUGCAUCAACGAAUAGUGAAUCAAAUCUAAGGGAAAAUGCUCUCAAAUAUUUUAUCACCAAUUUUAAAGAAAAAUAUGUUUCUGAUUAUAAUCCUCACGAGAUAAAAACUCCAUUUUUGCCAUGUACCGAUCCUAAGGUAUUCGAGACACCUAUGGGAUGCUUUUUAAAUUUUGGAUGUACGAUCAUGAAGUUCCAUGCUAUACGUUCUGAUAUUCGUUUUCGAGCUGAAGAAUUAGGCGUUCGCCAGCAUCCAACUCGUGAGCAACUUUUAAAUAGAUUAAUUCAAUUUCCUCCUAAAAACGAUUUUGAAGCAAGGGAAGUUUUCGGUUAUUUAUCCUCACAGCAAGCCAGUUUUAAUUCUUCCGAUUGGGAAAAGCUUUCAAAUCUUGCUUUUAUUCCAAUUCUUGCUAAGACUCAACCAUUCCAAAUUGUUCACGUUAGUCCACAAAAUUGUUUUUUCAAGAAUUCCGAGGAGAGCUUCCAGGAUUUUUUUUCAUACAUUGACUUUGGUGAAAAAGCAAAUAAAUUCUUACUAAGUUGUGGGGUUAAAAACGAACCAUCACCGCCCGAAUAUGCAGAAUUACUUGUGGGUUCAUCGAGUAAAUUUCUGGGUGCUUUGGCUAAUGUUGAUAAAUAUCUAGUAAUUCUUCGUAUUAUUGCUAUAAAUAUCCAAUCAAUAGCUAAAAAUAAAACUUUGUUCAACUUGAUGUGUCGUUCUCCUUUCUUGUUGGGUGUGCGAAAAGUAGAAAAUGAUAAUUCUCAAAAUUAUGAAUUGGCUUCUGCUAAAGAUAUAUUCAUAGAUGAUAAUAGAAAUUAUGUACAUGUUUUCAAACCGUUAACUGCACCUACAGAUCAAAUUUUGGAAGAAUUUUAUCAACCAAUAGGUCUUGGAAGAGCUUCAGAUAAUUCCAUUAAAUUGGGAAAAACUAUAGUUGAAAGAGCACAACUCUUCUAUUAUGACAUAUCUGAAUCUGAAGUUAAACGACCAUAUUCUUGGGUUCAAAGUUUGAAAGUCAUGGAGGUUGAGAAAAUAAAUGUUACUUAUUUACUUACCACCACCAAUCAAAAGGUGAUAGAACCAAUACCAUCAUGUAUUAUUCAGGAUAAUAUGAAGAAAUCUUGGUUAUUAUAUAUAACUCCUGGUGAACUUGAUUAUUUAGACAUCGCAACGCAUUUGGGAAAACACAUAUUUAAAAAAUCAAAAUUGAUGGAAGAAUCAUAUUUAGCUAUGCUUUUGACAACUCCAUUAACAAUUUUGAGACGUAAAUAUCCGGCGGCGAUUGAUCGCAUUUUAUCAAAAAAUAAAAACAAAACACAUUUUUCAGGCAAAGACGGGUCACAAGAUAUUGAAGAAAAUACCAAAAUAAUUAAAGGAAUGUAUCCGAAUUAUGACCUGGCUUAUAUUCGUGAAUGUUUGAAUCAAGAAAAUUCGAAUCAUUUAAUUAAAGUAGCCGAAAAGUUAGCUGCACAGAGUUCUUCUAUAACUCCUCAAGGUAAAAAUGACACAAAAUCUGGUUGGGGUUUUGAAAAAGUAAAACCUUCACUACCUGGAACCUCAACUACCAAGCCAGUGAGCCCAGAGAUUACAAAAAAUUUGCACAUUGCACUUCGAAGUGCAGUAAAGUCCUGUCGUUCUAAUUUAGGAAGUGCCAUUGAUAGUCAGACAACAACGAAUAUUGUCACUGAGAGUAAAGCAAGUUAUUGUGACGUUUUGCCAGGUCACUCGUUAUCUUUUGCUGGAAGGAAUAACGGGGUAGAACUUUAUGUCUCCAAAGACUUGGAUCCAUCAGAAAUUCUUGGUGCAAACAGGACUAAACCUUUAACUCGAUUUGUUAAUGUGCUUAGAGAUCUUUGCGAAGUUUUCGAACUUCACACUAAUGCGAUCCAUGUUUUUUACGAGAAUAGUUCAAGUUCGAUAGCAUUUAAUCGAGGAAAAGCAUUAUUUUUCAAUUUCAGAUACUAUCUUGGUUUGCAUUAUAAGGAAGGGGAUAUUUCUUCUACCGAAACUUAUUCAUAUUGGUACAUGACUUUUUGUCAUGAAUUAGCACAUAACUUUAUUUCACCACAUAAUUCAGAACACGAAGUGAGUUAA